GUCCUUUGUCGAACUACACAGUUGUGUUUCUGUGUUUGUUGCCUCCAGUGUGCGAUCUAAAUUUUAUCUUUCUUCGCGUCAUGUGUCUGCAAGGAAACGGUACAUAAUGGAACUGGAACUCUAUCUUACAAGGUAGUCCAUCGGAAAAGAGAUCUGAAAAGAGUGCACCGGUUUCAAGUCGACAUAAGUCCAUGAAUUUGACACCGGUCUUACCUAUUCCGAGAUAAAAUGGCGGAUCAACAGAGACCUGCCGCACGCAUAAACCUCAGCCGAGAACAGCUGAAGCUUAACUUCGGCAGCAGCACCAAGAAACAUCACGGAAUUUCAGCGAUACCUGGCUGCAACUAUCCAGUUCGUCUCGAGAGGGCAUGGAUUCCUCCAAAGAUCCAUUCUUCAGGAAAGCUCAAGAUUUCUCCAGAAGUGGUGUACGACUUCACUGCCGACGACCUGAGGGACCUGGGAGAAAUCGGUCGAGGUGCGUUCGGCACGGUCAACAAAAUGGUCCACCAGAAGAGCAACCUAGUCAUGGCAGUCAAGCGAAUCCGAUCGACAGUGGAUGAGAAGGAACAGAAACAGCUGCUCAUGGACUUGGAAGUUGUGAUGAAAAGUAACGACUGUCCGUUCAUUGUUCAGUUCUAUGGAGCCAUCUUCAAAGAGGGUGACUGCUGGAUAUGCAUGGAGAUUAUGGACACCUCGUUGGACAAAUUCUACAAGUUUGUUUACGAAAAGCAGAACCAAAGGAUACCGGAGAAAAUACUUGGAAAGAUUACAGUUGCAACGGUAAAAGCGUUGAAUUACCUCAAGGAAAAGCUGAACAUAAUCCACAGAGAUGUGAAGCCGAGCAACAUCCUGUUGGACCGCAAGGGAAACAUCAAGCUGUGUGAUUUCGGCAUCAGUGGACAACUCGUCGACUCUAUUGCCAAAACGAGAGACGCGGGGUGCCGCCCUUACAUGGCACCGGAGCGUAUCGACCCCUCGAGUGCGAUAGGGUACGACGUGAGAUCGGAUGUCUGGAGCUUGGGUAUAACGCUGAUCGAAGUGGCCACGGGGCGAUUUCCGUACCCGAAGUGGAACAGUGUCUUCGAGCAGCUGACGCAGGUGGUUCAGGGCGACCCACCCCAGCUGAGUCCCAAUGAAAACGGCAACUGUUUUACCAUGGAGUUCGUGGACUUUGUCAAUACGUGCCUGAUCAAGGAAGAGCAGGUGCGACCAAAGUACCGAAAGCUACUGGACCACCCUUUCAUCCUGCGAUCGGAGCGAGAUGCCAUCGACGUGGCAUACUACAUCAGCAACAUCUUCAGCCAGAUGAACGGCACCAGGGCUGGACACUAAGAGAGAAGCGACGUGGCAUAGGACGAAGAAAGAAGGCAACUUCUGCACUGCCCUGGACGAGAAGCGGACCUCGCGGGAAAUACUUUUUCCCGUGACGCAGUCGGGGAAUUUUUUUACCCGGCUCUUUCCCGUCUAGAAUAUGUCGCCCCGUUUUCGACUGUCCUUAACAUCAUCCUGCUCCUUGUAAAGUGCUCCGUUUAGGGACAGUGUGACACGUGAAUCUUUUGCGCGGGCAGCAGCAUUUCGGCAGAGCAGAGUUUUUUUAAGUAACACCCGUAUGCAGACGGCAGGGGGUCUUGGACUUUGCGUUAGAAGCAAUGAUUUUACCCGUUUGUUUGUGGUGCAUCCUUUUGCAGAAGGGUCCAUCGUUUCCUCGUUUUUUUUUUUUUAAUCCCAAUUCCGCCUCUCCUCACUUCCUCCGCGACCUUUCUUCCCCAUCGUCAUUUCAGUUAAAUGUUCCUGUUUAAAGAAACUCCCUCCCCGAGACUUCUUUCCGAAAGCAGUUUCUAUGCUUUACAGUGUGAUGUGCUGCCAUACACCUCUAUCUUUUUGUCACGCGAUAUUUUAGUGUUGACGAUCAUGCGGAUGCGCUCGUCUUCUCGCGUGUAAUGUAUAUAAAUGCGUGCCGAGUUGCACUACACAAGGGGGCGAAAGUGUCGCGAGAAAAAUAAUGUAUUUAAAGAGUGUGCGUUGGUGUCGGAGAGUGAGUAGAGCCCCGAGGAAGCACGAGCUACACUUAAUUACAUAAUGUAACGAACUUUUGUGUGUCUAGGGCUAGCCGGUUGCCGGUGCAUGCAAAUCUGUGGUCGGGACAAUGCUGGAGGCGACGGGGUCGAACUGACAGGCACACGAAUACAAGCUCAAAGUGAUUUGUAUUGUCUAGAAUUCAGAGCGUUACUAGGUUUUAUGUCGGCGUUCGUGUAGACAUCCCCACAACCUAGUGGGGGCCGUAUUCCCGUCAUAGAACGUACGUACGUCUUGUCUCGCAGAGCCUAACCUGUAUCGCCCGUUUUGUCUCGCGCACAUUCCCCGUUCGCUUUUGAAACAGAACUUCCCCGCACGGCAGGGUCCUAGCCGUCCGUCACCCCCGAACGACGUCGUUCUCUUCCCCGAUUCGUUGAAAAAACGAGGGGCGUACACCCUUUUGUGACAAUUAUCGUAACUCCGUAAGUGUCACAAGAAGGCGUACGCCCCGUGCUUUCUACAAAUCGGGGGGGUGAUAGCGGUAUCCUUCUGUGCAGUGGUUGGCCUUUGGUGUACUCUGUGAUGAAGUUCCGUUUUGAGAAUGUAUAGCCUAGCUCGUGGAGCGCAUUUUACGUCACAAGGCUCCUCCUCCAACCUGCCAUGCCCCGCCCUCUAUUGCAGAUGCUCCUCCCACGCGAUGUGGGUUACGGUGCCAGGCUCCUCCCACAGCCCACCACAGCAUGUGACGCGUUUUGCAGCACCUAGCUCCUCCCUCAGUGUGUCACUUUUAGCAUAAUCGAUGAUCAUUUUUCUUUUACUGUUUCCAUUAAAUACCACCAUAGCUUGCUGCACUAUAGCUGUAGUUGCUUGAGUGCCAUAAAAACUCCACUUAUUGUCAUCGUCGAGCUCCUCCCCUACCUGUCGUAAUUUACUUCUCGUUGCACGCAGCGCCGUUUGGGUCACCAGUCUCCUCCCCCGACCCGACAUUGUCCACCUACCAUUGCUCGUGAUGCAUGCAGUUUGUGUCACCGGGCUCCUCCCACAACCCAGCAUGGUUCAGCCCCGAUAGCACGUACCAGUACAUUUUUGUCACGACGCUCCUCCCGCAACCUGUCACGCCCCAUCUUUUAUUACACGCAGUGUGGUUUUUCACUAUGGGCUCCGCCCAUAACCGACUGUGGCUCAUUCUGUGUCAUGAAGCUCCUCCCCCAACCUGUCACGCCCCAUCUUUUAUUACACGCAGUGUGGUUUUUCACUAGGCUCCGCCCAUAUCCGACUGUGGCUCAUUCUGUGUCAUGAAGCUCCUCCCCCCCAACCUGUCCUAGUCCACUAGUCCAUCACACGUGAUGCAGGCUCCUCCCCCCCAGCUCUCUCUCUGGUUCAUCAUUCCUCCUCUAGGCUCCUCCCUUAACCUUGAGAACUCACGUUGGGUGUUUGCUAUCACGAGACUGCACCGCAAGGUCGAUCUGGGAAAUUAUUUUUGUCCACAAACAUCCUCAUGGCACAAGGAGGGGCAUCGUGAUGCACCAGGCACGAUACCCGAAUCGUAGCUAAAAUUUCAAAACGAAACGACCUCAAGCAAGUAGCGCCGAUCUGCCGUUUAAAAGCAUCAACUCCGCACGGGCCAUGUACAUAACGAGCAUUUCCAACAAAAAGCAACUAUAUUACGACAAAAGUUUCAACGUACUUACAUCUAGCUGGGCCGCUUGUAGAUGAAACCGUUCUUCUCGCCGUAGCCGUAGAACGCCAGAAGCCCCCCCCUCUACGAGAAUUCCCCUUAGACUCGCGUCAACGACCUCUACAAUCACGGAUCGCUCGACUUGCUCAAGAGGAGGGCUCAACUUCUUUGUUGCUAAAACCCCCCCAGUGCAAGGGGGAAGACAAAAAAACGGGGACGAAAACGAGACGACACACGUACCGUGGUUCUACCAACCCGCCCGGAUUUUAACCUUAUUAGUACUUCGUUGCACCUCUCUGGGCAGGUCGACCACUCCGUGUGACCGAGAUAAAGGUGUUUUUGCUUCGACGAGCGACCGCGCACCAGUUUUGCGGGUUCUGCCAAUGCCUCCUAGAUUAAAAAGGCCUGCUCGAUGCCUCAUUCGCUACGAGGACCCAUAAAAUGGCGACGUCGCCCACUUCAUCCAGUCGCGGCGAACGAUUUCGAGCAGAGAAGGUCCGCCCACGUGGCCGAUGAAGACAGAUCCCCCCCCAAAAAAAAAUUUUUGGUGACACUCCCCUAACUUUUUAUUUUUCCUGCGCACACCAUACAGGGGCCCCUCGCUAUUUCAGCUUCAGAAACAUGUCGGUAAUGGUGCAUGAAGGCUGUUAUGGCAUAACUAAAAUAAAUAACCAGGGGCGUGUCCGGGGGGGGGGGGGACAGUUGGGCGAUCGCCCCCCCCCCCCCCCCCGCUUGCGAUUGUGGAUAAACCACCGGUCGGCGAUCGGGCCUUAUUUAGUCCCGAAGGCGUCGGCUGCGCCCACGUUACUCCCAAACUGCCAACAACGUAAGCGAUUCCAGCAACGAGGAGGGCUAGAUGACGCCACGUAGAAGAGUCUUGUCUUUAUCCUAGAGGGCGUUGGCUGCCGUGUAUCAUAGUAGAGUAGCGGACAUUGCUUAGGUCUCCUUCCAACUCUCUUCAAAGUGCCUGUGUCAGUGACUAUGUAGCGUGAUAAAAAAGUGAGCACAGGUUCCAUCCAUGAGGUGAUGCUUUUUCUGGCUAGCACAUUCAGAACACUUGUAUACAAAUGCGUAUCAAGUAGGAGAGAAUAAAGUCUCUAGUCCACUUC